CGGGGUCAGUGGAAGGCGGGCGUGAAUAGAAUGCUUGAUCCAAAACAUGGCGGCACCUCGUCCUCUGAAAAGACCACGCUUGGGGCAGCCUGAUGUCUAUCCACAAGACAGUAAACAGCGAGAGGACGAGCUCACCGAAGAAAAUGUCAAAAAGGGAUUUAGCUACCAACCGCUUCCAUUUAGCUCGGGGACAAACGAGUAUGGAUCAGCAAAGGAUAUCAUGUCUAAUGUGCCGCUGUCAAAGUUUGCCCAAAGUUUCAAUGCCAUAUUAGUAGAAAAACAGAAACAGAAUACCUUCACAUCCCAAGAUGGAAGCAAGAGAAAAGCACAGCCAGUCAAAGAUAACUUUUUGCCUGUACACAUUACUGCUCGCUCUAGGCCAUUCAUCUCGUCAUGGUUUCAAGAUUUGGCAGGGAACAAACCGCUGACAGUUUUAGCAAAGAAGGUACCAAUUUUCAACAAGAAAGAAGAAAUCUUUAGCAGUCUGUGUGAUCACUCCAUUCCAAUGUUAAGGGCAGCCUGGUUCAUCAAGAUAUCAUCAGCUUACAACACUGGUAUCAAUGAGUCCAAAGGCAAAAAGAGAAUCAUGGCAGACCCAGCUCAAGAAUGGACUCAUGCUUUGACAAAAUUCUUGAAGGACCAGCUAAGCAAGAUUGCAGAUUUUUAUCAAAGCCACUUUGCAGGCAUAACUUCUUCCCAACACCAGCAGAGAAUGACGCCUGAAGUAGAACAAGCACUAAAACAGUGGAACUACACUGUGCGACUUUCACACUGGCUUUAUGAGGAGAGUCUUCUUGACAGACAGGAAUUUCUUCAGUGGCUGUUGGAUUUGUUGGACAAAAGCAAGAAUGCAGAUGACUUGUUGCUAAAAUACCUUAUUCCUCUUUUACUAAGGUAUGUUGAUCAGAUAGUCAUGUCCCAAACCCUUGCAAGAGUUCUUGCCCAAGUGUGUUCCAAGAAGCUGUCAACGUUGUAUUCAGCCGCUGAGCAAAUGCAGUCUGAGCAACAGAAUCAAGGAACAAGCAGUUCAAACAAGACAAGUAGCACAUCUGUGCCCAGUCCUGUUCCAUCCAUUACUCCAGAGAGUUCAUCUCUGACUCCUGUGAAUCCUCAGUCUCUUCCUGUGCUGUCACAGUACAAGACAUGUCCACAGCAUCAUGCACUUGUCCUGUCACUGAGUUCAGUUCUCCAGACGAUAGCAAUCUGCUGCCCUGGUGCUCUGAUCUGGAACUCAAUUCCAUGUGGGGCCAGUAGCAGUAGCAUAACAAGCAGUGCAAGCAACUCAACUGUAGCUAACACAGACAUGGCUGCUAAUAAACCUGCUGUGUUGGGAUCCCCACUGGACAGGCUGUCUAUUCCACCAUCUUCAAUGCCUCUUCCAUCACCUGGAAAUACUCAGGCUUCCCUGAAUUCUGAGCUGUUAUCUGUGUUGCUUGCAAGUGAGGAAGAAAUCAAGACAAGAAGUAAGGCAGUUGAAUCUCACUGGUCUCCAGAUAAAUACCAAGACAAAUCUUCAGCCCUCUCUAUUUCAGUUUUAGCUGUGAAGAGAGUGCUCAACACUUUGGAAAUCCUUGACCGCUACAACUUCAACAGAGCAGAUUCAACAAGUUCCAUUGACUCACUUUACAGCAAGAUUUUUGCUGAUUCAAUUAAAACGGGAGGACAGGCAUCUGCUACUGAUGAGGCAAUAGCGCUUCUGUUGUUUGAAUGGGCCGUCAGUAAAUACCGAGUGGGGAAAUUCCGUGCUUUAGCUGUAGCCAAAAUAUUGCAAAGAAGACAAACUGAGAUCCUGGAGGAGAGAGAAAGUUCUCAAGAACAAGGAGAGGAAGGAACUUCAUCAAACGCGGUGACUACUGCUGCGAGCACAGUGCCACCUUUCCAAAAGGUGUUGAUGAAUUUUCUGGACAAUUAUGCUCCCGUAGUCGAUGGUGGUUACCAACACAACAAGACACAUCCAAGUUUUGCACAGUUGACCCUCCUGUUUGGCGAACUCAUCAGAAAUGAAGUGUUCUCGCACAACUCUUACAUGUGUACCCUCAUAUCAAGGGGGGACCUUCAACCCACCCCACCUGUUUCCAUCCCCUCUCCCCCAAGACCAGUUAUACAAAGCAUUGAACACCCCCCUGAAGCAGAUCCGAUGGGCAUUGAAGAGUGUGUACAAGAGGGUGAUGCUCAAGGGGGAAUAGACAUCCAUGGUCUGACCUGCCAAGAAGAUCUUGGCCGUAAGGACAGCAGCAGUGACAGUGAGUUGAAGAUGUCUCAGCACCUUCUAGAUCAGGAGCUGCUGGUACAUCAAAACAGACUCAUACAACUUCUUGACCAAGGUGAUAAUGAAAUUUUUGCAGAUCAGGAAACCCCGAUACUAACUGCUGACCUUUCAGCUGUCGCAAAUAACACAAAACUUGAGCCAGGCCUGGCAAAUCCGUCCUCUCUGACCGCUGACCAAAGAGACAACUCACUCAUGGAUUCAACUUGCACUCUUCCCAAAAAGUCGCAGCAUGCACAGUACGCCCAGCAUUUUCCCAUUCCUGCUGAGAAUGUCACAGCACACGAGAGUAACCAGCGGCUUAUCUUGUUGUACGGAGUGGGUAAGGCGAGAAGCCAGGCAAUAGCUACAACCAAAGAAGUGAUGAAGGCGCUCUGUGCCAUGCUGAAUGAUCUGGGGAAGGUGGACGAUUCUGGGCUCUGUACUGAUCAAGGGCAGAGCAAUGAAUAUUUGGUUUUGAAGCGAGAAAGAGAUGAAAAAAGAGCCGUGCUCUAUAGCAAAUUUUCAAACCUCACGUGCUUUGACCAGUACUUAGCCGUUGCGAAGUGCACCAACAUUCUUCGCGACCAGAAAGCCAAACAACCCAAGAUAUUUGGUUUAGUAAUGCCCACACCGACACUGAGCCAACUUGAAUUCCUGUACGACUUGUUCGAACUUUCUGGUGAUGUUCAUGGACUUCUUGACUUUGUGGCGUACCUGCUUAUGCCAAGUGAAGAAGAUAUAUCAACCACGCAAUUACCACAAGUUAAAACAGUCGUUGGAACAUUACCAACUAAGUCAGUUGUGGUAGUCGCGAUGCUUCGCAAAUAUCACGCCUGUCUAAUGUUGCUCCCCGAACACACAACAAGGAUUUUCAGAGGGCUCCUUGCUGCCGUGGAGAACAUCGCUUACCCAGGUAUUUGCUCGUCGCCUGAAAGAUGCAUUCUGGGACUGCUUUUCGACCUUUACUCAUCUUGUGCCCAUCUCAGGUCAAAGUAUGCGGAUAUUUUCAGCACUGCUUUCACUAAGAUCAAGCAAGCAGUGUGUUCGAGCACCACUCCAUCAGCUUGCACUGAACCGUACGAACCAAAGUUUAUGGCAGAGUACUUCCAGAACCCAAGGACCAAGAGGCUCGAUGGCAUCUGGGAUUAUCUUCUGAAUCACGAGAAACCAUGUGAUGUUUACAGCUUUGUGUGUAAUGCCAUGAUGAAUGUGUGCAACUGUCAGAAUAGCGAAAGAUUGUACGACAUCGGUGUUCUGUGUGCAGAGGUAACUGCCCAUCAUGACAAGCUCAGUUCACAAUGGCUUGGCGUUCUCAGAGCACUGUGUUGCUCUUCAAACAGCUCUUCGGGAUUUGUGGAUUUGCUUUUGGAAGUAGAUGUCGGGGAUUUAUCAAUUCAUGAGUCCGUCGCCACAUUUACAGCUUUGCUAAUAGCCAGAAGUUGCUUUUCAUUGGAAGAUGUCAUCUAUCAUGUGGCGUUACCCUCACUUCUUGCCGCCCUUCCGUCAGGUGUGGAGAACCAAGAAGCGGAGCCUGGUGCGAGGCUGACAUGUCACCUGUUAUUGAGGCUUCUUGACGAGUCCACUGACGUCAUGUCACAUGACCACUCGUCGGCGUUAAAGUUUCCCUUUAAAUCAUCUCACGACCAUCACCUACUGUCUGCUGCGCAUGACAGUAUUCGAAUUGGCCCUGUUCUAGCAGCGUUGAAGGCCAUGCUCAAGCUGUCGGAAGCCGGCAAAGCAGGAGACAGUGGUUCUACCAGCACAAGUGAUACCACUCGAGAUGACUCUUUCCGAAGUUUGUUCUCCAAUAGAUUGGACGACUUCAUGGAUAGCACGUCCAGCACUGGGGACAUUUUUCCUCCUCCACUGGCCUCGAGCAGAUCAGCAAUGGAGACUUCGAACAUCAGUGUGUUCGCUGGUUUUGCGUUGCAAGUGAUUUGCCGUCAGGAAUGGGUGAGAGAGAGAUGCCUUCAAGAUCCACAAAUACUCUGUUCACCCGAGCAUUUACUUGAUCCAGCAAUAUCUCCCAACCAGGCGAGGAAAUUGCUGCAUUUGAUUUGUUAUCCUGCUGGUGUCCCGUCAUCCAUUGGUGGCCUUAUUGCUAAUAGUAAUGAUAUGGAGACGAUGCAUGAGGCUGCAAGCAGGAUACUACAGAACUUGGAUCAGUGGUCUUUGAGGAAAUCUUGGUUGGAGUUACAGCUUAUGAUCAAACAGGUUUCUAAAGAGGUAUCCCACAAUUCAUCUUUUCUUUCACGUAUUGAAACCGGACCUCUACUAGAUGCAGUCGCUACAAGCGCCAUGAGUGUCUUCGUCCAGCGGCAUGACACCACUCCGCUAGCAACAGCCCAUAGCAACCAAAAAUCUGUGGUAGUAAAAGGACCAGAAUGGCUAGUUGCUCCUUUAAUCUCUAAAUUGUCUAACUCGGUACAAGGCCGACUCCUGAAGGCUGCUGGUGAAGUACUGGACACCAAACAAUGGUGGAAGGAACAUUCGGCAAAGUCCUCUGUGCCAACUUUAGUUCACACGCAGCCUUUCCUGUCUCUGGUGCUCGCAUGUCUCAAGGGGCAAGAGGACCAGCGGGAAGGACUUCUGGCUUCCAUACAGCGGCAGUUGGCUCACUUACUGCAAUCCUCAGUUGAGGAGAGAUGCCCCACCGAUUUAAAGAGCAAAGAAGUCCUCCAAGAGGCCUUGCACUUGAGGAUUAGCCUGCUUGGUGCCAUGUUUGACACGAUUCAACGCAGCAGUCAACUAUCUAGUGAUUGGGCUACACUUUUGUUCCAACUCGUCAGCUCCGGUACAAUCACUGCUGACUCACUGCCUUCGAAAAAGGAGUUAUUGACAAAUGUUCUGGAUAUGGUGUCAGUUCUGAUUAGUGUUGUUUCUAACACGGAGUCGCCACACGGACAGUCUGCUGAAGAAAGCCGGAAAGCAGCUUUUACACUCUUCAAGAAGCUCAAGCGGGAACUUGCUGGAAAAAGUCCCAUUGACAUCAUGCAGCAGUGUAAACAGCUCCUACCCCUCCCCUCCCUUUCACACAAUGUGUUCACUGUUUCACCUGUCAAAGACACACCCGCGAAUCCUGGGCAGACUGCAGACAAAGCUCUCACAGGAGGACCAAGCACCAGCCAGGGCUUGCAGAUAACAGGCAAACAACGAAUCAGUGCAUGGGAACUUAUGGAGGGGUACAAAAACCCCUCACCUCUGUCGUGGGCGUGGUUUGGUGCCGUUCGGAUUGAGCGUAAACCUCUGAGGUAUGAGCAAGAUUUUCGAAGACUUCUGCAUCACACACAUCCCAGAAGACGGCCGCUUAGUUACUUCCUUAGUCCUGCUCCUGACAAAGAGGACGAGCAAGACGAAGAGGAAGAUAGAAUAGAGUUAGAUGCAGCAGCAGCGGACAAGUCAAGUCAACCUGCUACUCCACAGACUCCAGCGGACAAUAAAGGUCAAAUACCUUUGAUAACUGCACCAGUAGCUCCAGGCCUGAACGUUCCAACAGCCCUUAACGUACCGCAAAGCCUCCCAGCGAACCAAAUGGCUUUGCCAGACGGAGGAAAAACGAAAAAGGUCACGAAGCGACCAAAACGCCCAACAACGAAACUGCCUGGUCAAGCGGCCGUGCAAAAGAAAUAUCUACUACACCAACAACAGCCACAACAACAGCAACAGCAGCAGCAACAGCAGCAGCAACAGCAACAGCAAUACUUUCAGAACCAACCGGCUGGGAUGAUGCUCCCCGGGCAGAACCCACCCCAGCAGCAGCAGCAACAGCAGCAGCAGCAGCAAGCGUUCUUCCAGCAGGGUCUACAGCAAAGGAACCUUCAGGUUCCGACUGGAAUGCAGCCACAGCAGCAGCAAAGGUUGGCUAAUCCAAAUCCGUUAACUGAUCUACGGUCUAUGUUGACGUCACACCCCUCCCAGAACCCAAUACCCCAUCAGGCACCGCGCCCAAAUGCGUCCGUAGCUACUCAACAGCUUAUCAAUCAACUUAUUUCAAGAAAACAGAAACAAACACAACAACAGCAGCAACAACAACAACAACAACAACCACAUCAUCAACAACAACAUCAACAACAACAACUACAGCAACAACAACAACAACAACAGCAACAACAGCAAGCGUUGCAGUUUUUUACACAACAGAGUUCGCUUCUCAAACAGCAACUUCAAAUGGGACAAACACAGAUUGCUCAGCAGCAGCAGCAGCAGCAACAACAACAGCCGCAAACAAACCAGCAGUUAAGACAUUUACCUCCCAACAAUCAGCUUCAGGCUUCGCAAGCAGUUGGUCAAAUCCACCCCAAUCAACAAUACACCUUCACUCAGCCCCAGCGUCCCACGGCCCUUGGUAGAACCCAGGUCACAACUCGGCCCAAUCUCGUUUCUACAUCCUCGGCUCCGACCACCAUGGCACUGCCUUCAUCUCUUGGCGGCAUGAUCACGCAACAACAGUCGUUUAACUCGGCUGCAUUUCAAGGUCUUACUGUAUCCCAGGCCCUCACGCGGCCAAUACAACCACAACAACAACAGCUCGUUCAGCAGCAGCAACAACAAAGACAACAGCAACAAAUACAACAACAACAGCAGCAGGUCCAACAGCAACCUCAGUUUUCGUUGACUGGUCCGCGGGCUAUUCAGCCACAGCCACAGGCGCAGGCCACGAUGCAACUUCCGCUGCCUGUGUCAUCGGCGCACGCGCAAAUGAACCCAGUGGCGCAGAUGCAACCAGCGUUCCAAAACCAGUUCCAGCAAAGCUCUGUGAAUAGACAACAGCAGCAACAACACAACCAGAGGCUUUUAGCGGCUGCUAAGUUGAAACAACAACAACAACAAAUCAAGCAACAGCAACAGCAGCAGCAACACCAACAACAGCAGCAACAAAAUCGUGCUUCAACUGAAUUGAUAAUGAGACAUUUACAUAGACAGUUGUCAGCUGGCCCAGACAUAUCGAUGGCGUCCGCACAAUUUACACAAACCGCUGACCUUACUCUCCAGCGACAGAUAUCAGCACCACCUGAUGUAGGACAUCAGAGACAAGACAUUGCUCAGUUUACUCGUCAACUGUCGACUACAGCGCCACAGGACCUUACACAGCAGGCUCAGCAACAACAGUACACAGGAAAUCCUCAGUACCAAACACCACAGUUUUAAGGGAAUAUAACAGGAACAAAACACGGGUCUCCUCUAACCUGGGUAAUAGAUCCCUAGGAGGAGAAGAUCCGCUAAAAUUAAGCCCUUCUAGCCUACGCGUAGCCGUACCCUCCCGCCCAAGAUGAAACGGAAGCGAGGUUGUAUCGCCUCCAUUUCACCUCAGCGGGAGGGGAGGUACGGCUACACAUAGGCUUGCCCUUCUCCCUUUAAAACUUUAAAACGCAGCUUGUUGGACCCCUCAACCCCUCCAUCCUCCCCUCCAUCAAGCAUAGACCCCUUCCCCCUUCCCCACCGUCCCUUCCGUCUCUAAGAGUUCAGCUCGUGGUAUGAUGUUUUAAAAAAUUUAAUGAGAAAAUGUCCUUGUAAAUAGCAAUUAUGAAGGAAAUAAAAUAGAGAGAAAUUCGUGUCAAA